GUUCCGUUAUGUACGUCGUGGCUGCCGCAGUAGCCAUCCAUCGCCAACGCAACGAAGUUGGGCCUCUGCGUUCGGUGCCGCAGCCGCAGUAGGCCCGGCCCCUCGAUACCUCGACCACGAGACACGAUGCCCGUGACUGCGUGCGUGCGCCUGUGGCCUGGGGCUUUGAGACGAGGGGGAACACAGUGAUGGUAGACGAGCACGGGGAGCCUCAGGAACGUUUUCCGCCCGCGAGUGCUUACUUGACGACCGCGCCAGCAGAGAAAGGAGGGGACGUGCGGGCGUUGUCGUCUGCUUUUCUCGCGCUUUGUUUGUUGUUAUUGGGAGGGGACGGGCGAGCGUUGACAUCUGAUGUUCUCGUACUCGUCGUUAUCGGGAGGGAUACGCAAGUUCUGAUCAGUGCGAACGUGCGGGACUCGGAUUCGAGACCGCUGAUUCUCGACGACUGGCGCAAUGCAAGCGCAGCGGUGGAUGAAUUAAGGAUCGAAAGGAGGAGCUCGGUGGAUUUGGAUUUAGUUGGAAGCGAGCAGAGAGUGCGAAAGUGAUGGCAGCCCUUGACGCAAACGGGAGACUAGAAGAUAUUCUCGUUUCAAGAAGGUGCGAAUUGCAGAUUUUGUCGUAAUGCUGUUAGACUGUCGCCACCACAACGACGGCAACUGAUGUCGCUGCUGCAAGAAGAUCCUAGGGUUUGCGGCGACAGUACACAGCAUCUUGUACGCAGUGAGACGUGAUCGACGCCAUAAGACGACGAGCUCGAUAUAUCGGUCAAUCUUGAAACGGGUGCUAAUUAAAGACCGAGCGAAUUUUAUGUGUGCCUGCUGCAAUUUUAUGACACGACAAUCUCUCUCGUAACUGUUUCAUCCGAUAAACGAAAUUCCGGCUGACUUCGGCAGAGACAAUUUGCAAACGAUGGUGCGGGAUAGCGCAGAUCUCGUCGUCGUUGCGAGUUUCAAGCUCCGCGCAGCCGAACGAACGUCGUGCACCGAUGCUUCGGUUCGCAGUUGCGAGGUCAUGCUGAGACAGACCACUCGUCCCUGAAGAAGGACUGGGCUCAAUCAGUCUGCCGUUAUGACCAUGGACCUCAUCCUCCCCGACUGCAAUCGAGCGUCGCCGCCGACCAGUCUGCAGCUCUGUAUGAACCUCGUAACCGCUGGUGUCGACUCGAAGUAUUCAGCAUAUUCUGCUUCCGGUCUAGACCUGUACAUCGAGCUCGGGACCAAGCUCAAUGCGAUGGCAAUGGCAAUGCCAGCGCCAGCACCAGCACCAGCAGCACUGGCUUCUCGAGAACCGGAGGCCAGCAGCAGGCCCGAUCAUCUCAAUCUUGCCUUCGAGAACUCCGUGGAAUUGUCAUCCACCCGCACUUAUCUGCAUACCCAUGACCACCGACAAUUUCGCCUUCAAGCGCAGGAACACAGCGCUCGUCUUUCUGCAGCUCGAGAGGAGCUCGAGGAGGAUUCGCAGUCGGCGCACGAACCCUCGACGAGUCGGAACGACGACGACGACGAAGAAGCUGCCGUUACGGGCCGUUCGAACGGUGGUGGUGGUGGCGGCGGCGGCGGCCUGAAGCCACUUCUUGCCUGUCCUUCUUCGAACAUUCUGGCUCAGAUCGAAUGCUUCGACAUGGCCGACGUCUCAGCAGCCUGCCACCUUCUCGAAUUGAGCAGCUACUCCGGCAGCGUGGCCUCGAGCGACCGAGACCAGUCUUCAGAAUUCUUCGAUCUCGACCGUGGUCGUGCAGAUUCGCCAGGCCACUUCUCCUACUCCGAACCCGACUCGUUCGAGGCUGCUCCCGAGUACGAAGAACUGACCGUGACUCGAAUGGUGGACAGAUUUCAAGCAGCUCCCGAAGGUUGGCCAUGGGGCGCCGAUGAUGCAAAAUUGCACAACAUGAGCACCGAUGCCAGCACGUUUCGGAAGAGGAGAGUGAGGGCCAAUCUGAUCAAGCAUUGCCAUGAUGAUGCCGGCCCCAUCUAUUUCGACGACUGGGAUUUUGAGGUUGACGUCUUGGAGAGACCGCCCUGCAAGCGUCGUAACACGAGGGUUGACAUCAUCUAUAAAAGAUCCAUACAAAUGUAAAUUUUUCGCGAUGCUCGUAAAUCUGAACCAUGUGACAAAGUGUAUGUGACUCGUGUAUCAUAAGGUUUUAUGCCGUGGGCUUCGGACCCUGCACUGAAGUUUGGAUGUUUAUUUCUGAGAAUUUUGCAAGGAACCAUGAUAUCGAAGGCAAGCCUCUUAAAGUGAUUCAUGCUUGAUAAAAAUGUAAAACAUUGACCGCAUUUUACAUCGGAAGAUUGAAUGCACAACAGUCAGACUUGGCCAUGGAGCAUAUUUUGAUACCACCAGAGCGAAGGCGAUCCAAUAACAGCUUUCUUAACUACAAGACAUUAAAAUGUACGUUCAAUGAACCAGUUCUGGUUCUAGUUGUGAUAACAUCUCAACGUUUCUCCUUUACUUUGUUAGGAAGCAGAGAUUAAUCUUCAAAUAUUUCACGGUCAUAAUUUGCUGAAAGUUGAAUGUGACUGCAG